AAUCUUAUUAUGAGAUUCAGAAAUUGGUUUAUAGUCUUGGGUUACCUUCGGAGAUGAUUGAUGUUUGCAUCGACAACUGCAUGAUCUACUGGAAGGAAGAUGACAAGUUAGAAGAGUGUCGAUUCUGCAAAAAACCACGAUUCAAACCGCAAGGCCGUGGGAGGAAUAGGGUACCGUACCAAAGGAUGUGGUACCUACCAAUUACAGACAGAUUGAAAAGAUUAUAUCAAUCUGAGAGGACUGCUGCGUCGAUGAGGUGGCAUGCUGAACAUGUCCAGAGAGAUGGCGAGGUUGCACAUCCAUCAGACGCAAGAGCGUGGAAACGUUUCAACAAGGUACACGCAGAUUUUGCUACAAAUAUUCGGAAUGUCUAUCUUGGUUAUCCACCGAUGGAUUUAGUCCAUUUGGAAUGUCUGGUAGACAAUAUUCUUUGUGCCCAGUCAUUCUUACGCCGUACAAUUUACCGCCGGAUAUGUGCAUGGAACAAGAAUUUCUAUUUUUGACCAUAUUAAUCUCUGGGCUGAAGCAUCCAAAACGGUCUCUUGAUGUUUUUCUUCAACCGUUGAUAGAAGACCGUUGAUAGAAGAGCUAAAGCAAUUGUGGUCAGAAGGGGUGAGGACGUACGAUUGUUCCUUGAAAAACAAUUUUAUGAUGCGAGCAGUUCUGCUGUGGACGAUAAGUGAUUUCCCUGCUUAUGGGAUAUUGUCUGGCUGGACAACACAUGGAAGAUUAUCUUGUCCGUAUUGUCUUGGAUCUACGGAUGCUUUUCAACUGAAGAAUGGUAGGAAGAGUUGUUGGUUUGAUUGUCAUCGUCGCUUUCUUCCACUUGCCCAUCCGUACAGAAGAAAUAAGACAUUGUUUCGGCACAAAAAAAUUGUCAGAGACAGUCCUCCUCCAUAUCUCACCGGCCAGCAGAUCGAAGCGGACAUUGAUUAUUACGGAGCUCAGGAAACAGUUAAGGUUGAAGGAAAUUGGCAUGUUCCUGGAAAUAUGCCUGAUGGGUAUGGUGUCUCUCACAAUAGGCAUAAGAAGAGUAUAUUUUGGGAGCUACCCUAUUGGAAGGAUCUUCUCUUACGCCACAAUCUGGAUGUCAUGCAUAUUGAGAAGAACUUUUUUGAGAACAUCAUGAAUACAUUACUUAACGUCCCUGGGAAGACAAAAGAUAACAAAAAGUCAAGGAUGGACUUACCUGAUAUUUGCUCAAGAAGUGAGUUACAUAUCAAGAGCAAUGGAAAUGUUCAUGUUCCCAUCUUCCGGUUGUCAUCAGAAGCCAAAACAACCUUGUUUGACUGGGUUGCAUCGGAAGUUAAGUUUCCUGAUGGUUAUGUUUCAAAUCUGUCAAGAUGUGUUGAACGAGGUCAAAAGUUCUCCGGAAUGAAGAGUCAUGAUUGUCAUGUGUUUAUGCAACGACUGCUUCCAUUUGCUUUUGCCGAGCUCCUUCCAGCAAAUGUCCAUGAAGCACUUGUAGCCAUCAGAGCAUUUUUCAGAGAUCUUAGCACACGUACGUUCAAUGAAGAAGUCAUCGAACAACUUCAUCACAACAUUCCGAUCAUAUUGUGCAACCUGGAGAAGAUAUUUCCUCCUUCAUUUUUUGACGUCAUGGAGCAUCUAGUUGUCCACCUACCGUAUGAAGCAUUGCUUCGUGGACCUGUUCACAACGGAUGGAUGUAUCCGUAUGAGGGACAGAUGAAACAUUUGAAGGGGAAAGCAAGAAAUCUUGCAAAGGUAGAAGGUUCAAUAGUUGCGGGGAGUUUGACAGCCGAAACAUCUAACUUCACAUCAUACUACUCUGCUCCAACUGUUCGUACGAGAAAAAGAGUUCCUAGGAGAUAUGAUGAUGGUGGAGUACCGACAUCAUAUCCAAUUGAUAGUGUUCCUGACAUUUUCUGCGAAAUUGGACGGUUUGGUGGUAAAACGAAAGAAGUAUGGUGGUCAUGUGAAGAGGACAAACAUAGUGCCCACACUUAUAUUCUGCUCAACUACGAGGAUGUAAUGACCCGUUACUUUGAAAGGUAAAUAUUUUUGUGAAUGUUAAUUAUAUGGACUGAAGUUAAUUAUGUAUGACUUGAUUAUUUGUUUAAUUUGCAGCAUGUUUGUAUCUCAAGUUGAAGAAGCAAUACCAGGAAUAUCUGCAACUGAUGUGGACACACGUAAAGAUAUGCACUUUGUCAAGUGGUUAAAAUCACAGGUACGUAAUAUAUCUCAUACAUUGAUUAAUUAAGUAAGUGUUUUGAUACUUCAAUAUUAAUUAAGAAAAUAUGCUUUUUGCAGGUUGAUUAUGACGAUCCAUAUUAUCCCGUAUGGUUUCACGAAUUGGUUCAAGGUCCAGUUGCAAAGGUCACUACAUCACCUAUGUAUUUCACACGAGGAUUUACCUUUCACACAUACGAGUAUGAGAGACAUCGGGCAACGAGUGACUACGGAAUAUGUGUGAAAGGUGAAACAGACUUUUACGGGAUAUUGCAAGAGAUUAUUGAAGUGGAAUUUCCGGGGUUAUUGAAGCUAAAAUGCGUCCUCUUCAAAUGUGAAUGGUUCGAUCCUGUUGUGAACCGAGGGAUUCGGUAUAACAAAUUUGGUGUUGUGGAUGUCAAUUAUGGGAGAAGAUACAACAAAUUUGAACCUUUCAUUUUAGCUUCACAAGCCGAGCAAGUUAGCUUCCUUCCUUAUCCUCGGCUUCGAACUUCCUGGAUAAACUGGGUAGCUGCUAUCAAAAUUACAACUCGUGGACGCAUUGUCGCUGGAGAAGAACCGCCCUUGCAAGAAGAAGACGCUAUCACUGAAGUUGAGGUACCAGAACAACCAACUGAUGAAAUCCUUUUGAUCGACCCGCAAAACUUUCAAUAUGAAGAUAUUCCCGAAGAUGCGACAGAUGAAGCACGUGAAGACGAGUUCGAGAGAAGUGAAGAUGAUGAUUGUAAUGAUAGUGAUGAGAACGAAACGAUUUAGAGUGAUGUAAUAUUGAUGAGAACGAAAACGAUUUAGAGUGAUGUAAUAUAUGUAACAAAUGUUGUAUUUCUCUAUUGUAAUGUAUGUUUAAAGAAAUAUUAUUUUUUUACCAUCUUAAUAUAUGUGUAACAAAUGUUGUUUUAUAUAAUUUUUCAUCUUUAGUUUUUAAAAAUUUAUUUGGAGUUUUAGGGUUUAAGUUGGAGAAAGAGUAAGAAGUAGUAAAGAAUAAGAUAUGAUGUUAGAUGAUAUGUGACUUUGGGGUUUAGGGAUUUCAUUCUCGGUGUUUAGGGUUAAGCGUCGUAAAAUCCUUGUAAAAAUAACACGGGCGUGGUAAUUUCGUCGUACAUGGAAAAAGACGGGCCUGGUAAAUUCGUCGUAAAUGAGAAAACGCGGGCCUGGUAAAUUCGUCGUAAAUGGAAAAGCCUGGUAAACCUAUUCAACGUAAUUUCGUCGUAAAUCGAGAAACACGGGCCUGGUAAUUUCAUCGUAAAUGGAAAAACACGGGCCUGGUAACUUCGUCGUAAAUAGAAAAACGCGGGCCUGGUAAAUUCGUCGUAAUAUUACGUCGCGUUUACGACGAAUCGUUAUCUAUAUAAUGAGACGCCGAGAGCGAGACUACCUCGUUCAUUCCUCCCAAACUCCUUUGCUCUCCCUCUAAGGUAAACUCUCUCUUCUCUUUUUUUUUUUUAAGUUAGUUUAGGUGAUUAAUUAGUUAGGUAAUUAGUUUAGGCGAUUAGUUAGGUAAUUAGUUUAGGUGAUUAGUUAGGUGACGGAAUACUAGUUUAGGUGAUUAGUUAGGUAACGGAAUAGUUUUUUAAUUAUGUCGUAAUUGAUUAAAUUUAUUUUAUUUUUUUUUAGAUGGCUCCUAGGAGGAAAUCAGCAGCACCUAGUUAUGCCCAGUUGUUUGGCGAUGGUUCCGGUACGUCUUCUUCCGGUCCAUCGUCUUCCGAUGCAGUUCCAGACUCUCAGCCUUCUCAGAGAGUUGCUUGGAGUCCUCCUCCUCCACCGCAGAUGCCUCCACCUCCUCCUCCAGCGGCUGCACCUCAGCCUGUCCCAGAAGGUGCAGUUCAUCCGGAUUUGCGUGUGCCUUCAUAUGCCCCAUUCGCGAGAUAUACGGUGGAGGAUUUGCUUGCCCAGCCUGGUCAGGAGGGUUUGGAUAUUCUAGACCCCGAUAGACCCCGACGAACUUAUUGGUAAGUUAUUAAUUUUUAUUACAUUAAAAUUUAAAUUAUUUUUAUUUUGUAACGGUUAUAUUGUUUUUUUUCAGGUUUGGGGCUAACAACCGUGUUAGCCAGAGAGUUUCGAAGACGAUUAAGGGUUAUUACGACGGGGCAUAUCCGAAUUGGAGCAAGACACCAAAUCACGUUAAGAUCACUUGGUUUAGAUGUUUUGCGGUAAUAUUUUAAAAUUUAAUUAAAUUUUCACUUUUAAAUAUAUAUAUAUUUUAAAUAUUUAUUAUUAAUUAUAAUUUCUUCAAAAAUUUUGUGUUUCACCAAAAGUGGCAUUGGUCUUUGGGAAUCACCGAGAGGGUGAAGGCGGAAUUCGUUGCAAAAGGCAAAGAUCCGCCUCUGCAACACAGUCUCUGAUUGGAUGGACAAGUGGGAGAUCUACGGGUAUGAGGGAUAGCCCACUGAGCUCACGAAGGAUGUGUGGGGUGGCCUCAUCGCCUAUUGGCAGCACCCCUUUUCGAUCAAAAAGGCCAAUUCGUGCUCGGCUUCUCGAAGAACGAAGGAUAAAGAUGGUUAUUUGCCCAUGCUUCACAGAACCGGACAAAAACCUCAUGCAGGAAUCCGUUUAGAAGCUGUAAGUUUUGUUUUAAAUAUUUAUUUUAAAAUUUUCAAAUAAUUUAAUUUUUUUUUUGUAGUACGAGAAGACGGGAGUCUUACCAUCUCUGUCUGACCUAUUCAAGAUGACUCACGCCACAUCCGACGGAGUUUUUGUGGAUCCUGCAUCUGAGAAACUCUUCCAAGCAGUGGCUUCUCGGAUUGAAGAACAGGAGACGCAACUAACCCAGGAGUCUCCCGAUGGAUUACCCGUCACAUUGUCCACCGAAGACGCCGACAGAAUCUUCGAAGAGGUACAACUUAAAAUUUUUGUUUACAUUAUUUUUAUUAUUUUAACAUAAUUAACUAUAUUAAUAUAUGUUUUAAUUUUAUAGGUGGCUCCUAAAAAGAAGGGACGAAUAGUCGGUAUAGGCUCUGUUAACGAAGUUGCAAGGGCAACUUCGUCAUUCACUUCGAGACGGGAUGAAGAGACUUCUCAGAUGAAAGCUCGAAUGGAUAGCCAGCAGGUUCGUUUAGACUCUCUUGAGGAUUUGCUAGACGUGAUGGCCGUGGGAAACCCGUUUAUGCAGAGAAUGUUGAGUGAGAGACGAGCCGCUCUUGGGUUGCCAGUACGAGAUCCCCAAGAGUCCGAUCCAACCCGUCAACAGCCGAGCAACCCCACUGACUACUUCGAUGAUAUGUAGUUUUUUUUAUAUAUCGGUUUGUAUUAUGAAUUUAAAUAUUAUUGUAUGACUUUUAAAUGCUUUUUUAAAAUAUGUUUUUUAUUUUCAUAUUUCGUUUUAAAAUUAAAAUUAUUUUAAAUUCUGAAUUUUAAAUAAAUUCAAAUUUAUAUUUGAGGUUAAAAAAAUAUUCAAAUCUAUUAUAUAUUAAUAAGAAUCGAUGUAAACUCCACGUAAAUGCUUACGAUUGAUUAACGUCGAAAGAUUUACGAGGGUUUUACAUCGAAAAGUUUACGUGUUCUUUACAACGAAAGUAUUUAUGUCUGCUUUACAUUGAAACCUUUACGUGGAGUUUACCACGAAAUAUUACGUGUCGUUUACGACGAAACGAUGCCCUGCGCUUUACGAAGAAUAUAUUUCAUCGUAAACGAACAAGUCAUUUACGACGAAAUCUCAGUUACGACGGACGUUUUACGACGAAACGUCUUUCGAGGUUAAUUCGUCGUAACACCCCGUUUACGAUGAAUUUAUAACGUAUAUUGCCCUCGUAAAAAAUAUGUUUUCUUGUAGUGUUCGUUAGGUCAAGAACCCUUAGUUAUGUCAACAAUCAAACAAGCGGUUAAGGUAUUACACGUCAACCCUUUGGUUUCUGUCUUGCGCCUUUUGUAUUUGAUUUUCACUUACAUAGACUCUCUUUUCAAUUUUAGAUUGGGUACAAACACAUCGGUUGUGCUUCGAUAUACGGUCACGAGAAAGAGGUAAACAUUUCUAAAUCAAAGAAUUUGAGAGAGACCAUACACUUAAGUAUGUGUAGUUGAAGUUUGAUGCCUCUGUAUGUCACGUUCUCCUCACACUAUGAAUUCAUUAACUAGAUUGGUAGCGUAGUGAAGAAGUUAAUAAAUCAUGGUUUCGUGAAGCUUGAGGAGUUAUUCAUCACUUGGAAACUCUGGUUUGUCUUCUCUCUAUGACCAAAUUUUUCUUUAGUGCAUGUCUAUAUUAAGUUUGUAGUUCCCAUCACCCCUCACUGUUUCUAUUUAUAUUACACUAGCAGCAAAUGUUUUCUGAAGAAUAUCACUUGGAACAUCAAGUGAGAGAGCCUGGGAGUCAACAACAGUACUAUGUAAAAGAGUGAGCAUGAAGAAAUGCUUUGCCUUGACUAUGUAAUAAGUUACAUUACUUUUUGUUGCAUUACUCUUUGUUGUAUCAAGUAGUUAAGUUUACGGUUUACCAUGUGUAGAAUAUGCACAUAACUAGCCUAUCAACCAUCACAGCACUAUGAAUUCCCAUAUAUAUAUAUAUAAGUUGGGUCUGUUAUUAAUCUUCCGAUCUUUUGGCACUGGUGAUAUUUUUUUAAUAAAGUAAGGAUGAAGUAGAUCUACAAAGUAUCAGUUAAAUGUUCGAAUCCGAUCUGUGAGGAUAGUUUUGGGAAGUAGAUGAUGUGAUUUUCAGUUGAAAAAGCCAAGAAUUUUUAAUUAUCGCAAAUUACCCAAAAGAAUAUUAUUAUUGACAAUUGACGAUGUGAGCAUUAACUGUAAAGCAGAUUAAAUCAAUUUUAUAUUGGUUUAUGAGAUGAAUCAGUUUAAAGAAGCAAAGCGAAUCAAUAUUCGAUAGAAGAGAAUAGGUAACCUUAGUUUCUUUUACUAAAUCGUUCAAACGAUUGCGUCAGUCAAAAUUUGUAGAGCACAACAUACAUAUGUUUGUCACAAAAGAAAAUACUCCUCUAUGUUGUCAUUUUGCCUAUCUCCUCUUACUCAAAACAUAUAUAUUUAGUGAACUGCACAUUUAUAUCAUACAUUAGGAAACACAGUAGAUCAACUAUAAACUAAACACAUUUCAACUAUGAUUUUCUUUUAAAAAUUUACAUGAAGAAAUCACAUCCAGGGUUGGCUCAAGAAUCAUGGAGGCCUUUGGCGCAAAAAAAUGGUCGUUACAAAAAUAUAUAUUUAAAAAACAUUUAGUAAAAAUUAUGUUUAAUAUAGUUAUUUAUUAUAUAUGAGAUUUUUUAUUUAAAAUAGUAUUUAAGAUAUAUAAAAAUUAGCUAAAAAUCUACUUAUACCUAUAAAAAUGUUUAGUUUAUUAAAAAGUUGAAAUUUUGGAUCUCGGACCCUAGGAGGUCGCACUCCCCGCCCUUCUACUUAAACCGCCCAUGAUCGUAUCACAAUAAUAUAAUAUUGUCUUGUCUACUCCAAUAUCAAAUACAUUUGAAAUAAAACAAAUAUGCAAAACGAAUUACACAAGUGAAUAACAUAAUUGGUAAACAAUCCGCGCGAAACGCGGACACGCCACUAGUAUAUAUUAUAUGAGAUUAUAACAAAAUGUGUUUACAUAAAAAAAUAUAAAAGGCUUAAAGGGUUAAAAAGGGUUCAGCCCUAUUUUACAUAGUUUAAUGGGUUCUAAAAGGGUUAGGGCUCACUUAAGGUUGAGCUUAAGCUAAAUAGGGCUGGAUUGCGCUGGACAACCCAUACAACAUCCCUAGUUCUGAAGAUCCAAUCACACAAAGUUUAAUCAAAGAAGAGGUUCAUAAAUGGCAGAAGGAAGGUGCACGCAUUGUGUAUCGUCAUCGUGUGAAUAGAGAAGGCUACAAAGCUGGAAAUCUUAAGUCUUCAAUGAACUGUAGCUUUGUCAAAGACUACAUAACUAUGUCCAUUUUCGACGUUGAUUUUCAGCUUUUACCCGAUUUCCUCAAAAAAAAAACAUUCCUCAUUUUAAGGUAAACAUUUGUUUGUAUGGCUCCCAAUUUCAGAGAAUUCAGAUUUAUCAUUUUUGAAUUGUAACAGGACAAUGAAGAAAAGGGACUGGUACAAGAGAGAUGAUCGUUUGUGAAUAGGGAAGAGAACUUGUUGACAAGAUUACAGAACAUUAACUUGGCAUUUCACUUUGAGGUUGAACAGCAACUGAACAGUGUCUUCUUGAUUUUUUUUGGGUUCAAUGGAACAGCUAGUGUGUGGAGGGUCAAGGAUUUGGAGGAGUCUGGUGGCUGGCUUGAGAGAACCACCGUUGAGGAUAUGGACAUUGCUUUUCGUGCUUAUCUCCAUAGGCUGGAAAUUCAUUUUCUUAAGCGAUGUUGAGGUAUUGUUGCCAACAUCAUAUACAAAGUGUUUGUUUUUGUUUGGCUCCUGGCUAAUGUGCCAUUGUCUUUCUCUCUCAGUGAAUUUGUGAAUUAUCCACAUCUUACAAAGCUUACCGAAAACAGCAACACUGAUGGCAUUCGGGACCUAUGCAACUAUUUCUCCUUAGUUUGCCGGCUGUAUAGCCUAGGGGGUUUGCUGAUACCAUGCAGUGUGUGUGUUUUGCAGAUAAGCAUAGGCAAGAAGUUCAAUUUGAUAUUCUUCUUCUUCCUCCUAAGGAAGCUUAUCUUGCCCUUCAAUUCCUUCACGCUUUUUUUUUGCAUCAUCUUGCCAAUGACUAUUUUUGUGCCGAAGACUGAGCUUCCUGCUUGGGUUGUAUGCUACAUACCUGCCACAAUGUCCUUCCUCAACAUCCUUCCAGCCCCAAAUUCAUUUUCGUUCAUUGUCCCAUUCCUUCUCUUUGAAAACACAAUGUCUGUGACAAAGUUCAACGCAAUGGUCUCAGGUCUGUUUCAGCUAGGAAGUGCAUACGAAUGAGUUUUUACAAAAAAAAAAA